UUCGCGAACGCGACGCACUAGACCCCUUGGGCGAUUGAUCAAGCGACCGGGGCCCGUCAGUUGAUUUGUGUGCUCGUACGUGGCCGGUUUGGUUGCCUCCUAGCUCGGUAGCGUGUGUUCUCCUUCCGUAAUAAAACCCAGUGCACCCCCACUCACACCAAGAUGCUGCAAAACGUUCUCCGCCAGGCGGUCCGUUCGGUCGGCUCGAUCGGGACACGCACGUUCGCCAGCUCCUCGUUCGGUACGGCCAACAGUCCCACAUCGCCCCUUACGUACCUGAGCGAGGACGAGCUGGUGAUGAAGGAAACGGUGGCCAAGAUGGCACAGGAACAGAUCGCACCGCUGGUGAAGAAGAUGGACGAGGAGCACCAGUUCGAUCCGUCCGUGGUGCGGGCCCUGUUCGACAACGGGCUGAUGGGUAUUGAGGUGAGCGACGAGUAUGGGGGUAGUGCGUGCAACUUCAUGACCACCAUGCUGGUGGUGGAGGAACUGUCCAAGGUGUGCCCGGCAACGGCCGCCUUCGUCGACAUCCACAACACGCUGGUCAACUCGCUCAUGAUCAAGCUCGGCACGGCGGAACAGAAGAGCAAGUACCUGCCGAAGCUAAGCCAGGAGUUCAGUGGCAGCUUUGCGCUGUCGGAACCGUCCGCCGGAUCGGAUGCGUUCUCGCUGAAAACCACCGCCAAGAAGGAUGGCAACCACUACGUACUGAACGGUACGAAAAUGUGGAUCUCCAACUCGGACCUUUCCGGUGUGUUCCUGAUCAUGGCGAACGCUAACCCAUCCGCUGGAUACCGUGGCAUUACGACCUUCAUCGUGGAACGCGAUUACGAAGGAUUCACCGUGGGCAAGAGAGAAAGUAAGCUGGGUAUCUGCGCGUCCGGCACGUGCACACUGCAUCUGGACAAUGUACGCGUCCCGGAGGAGAAUAUUCUCGGUGAGUUCGGCAAGGGCUACCAGUAUGCGGCCGGUUUCCUGAACGAGGGUCGCAUCGGUAUUGGGGCGCAAAUGAUUGGGCUGGCCCAGGGAUGCCUGGACGCGACCAUCCCGUACCUGCUCGAGCGCAAACAGUUCGGUUCCGAUCUGUACUCGUUCCAGAGCAUGCAGCAUCAGAUCGCUACGAUCGCAACGGAAAUUGAAGCUGCCCGUCUGCUGACGUACAAUGCGGCCAGGUUGCAGGAAGCUGGUGCGCCGUUCCUGAAGCAAGCGGCCAUGGCCAAGUUCUACGCGUCGGAAGUUGCGCAACGUACCACGGUCAAGUGUAUCGACUGGAUGGGUGGUGUUGGCUUUACGAAGGAUUUCCCGCAGGAGAAGUACUAUCGCGAUUGUAAGAUCGGUGCGAUCUACGAGGGUACCACCAACAUGCAGCUCAGCACGAUUGCCAAGGUCAUGAAGAAGGAGUAUCAGUCAUAAAAAUCACCACGUUCCCGUCAAUCGAAAGUGCUCGCGAAUAACGGCAACGGUGAUGAUGGAGCUACAUUACGCAACCGUCCGGCGCCAGGGUAGCAUGGGUGGUUUUGGUGGGAUGUGGUCGUCUCACGUAGACGAGAACAUUCCGAUUCCAGCAGCGAAGAAAAAGAAACACAUCAUUUCCACGCACACUCAUACCAUACGCGGUUAGGCAGAGCCAUCAUCUAUACAGACAGCGUAAGAAAACUUGUGUAGGCCGAUAUCAAAUUAUGUCUUCCGCGUACGAUAGUCGCAAACACACAUACAGCUUUUAGUGCGUGUUUGAAGUGGUAUGCGCUAUGAUAAUGCGCAUAAUGUAGCAUAAACGAAAACAACAUCACCAGACCGUUAUUAUCGAGCGCGAUAGAUCGGUUUGGGCCAUAGCGACAACAACGUGAAUUUUGUGGAAAAAAACGGAUGCAUUUAUUACGAUUUAAAUUUACUAUUACGAACACGGCACACGUGGCGCAAUACGUGGACGCAAUAAAAGACGACAGGUAGCAAUAAUCGA